UAUUGACGAUCAUUUCACCACACACACACACACACAUUAGUGAAAUGUAAAUAUCUCCUAAUACACCAAAGGAAUCAAACUUGUAACAUUUUAAUGACCAUUGAUUAAAAGUCGUUUUAUAUCUCGAGGGUGGCACACGAGCAUUUCUUGUCAACAAUAAUAACAACAACAAAAUUACAAUGAAAAAUACUAUGCCUAUUGAUGGAAAAAAAAUAUACAGCAAGAAACAAUGUUUUAUGCUGGUUUAAACAAGCAUCAACUAUAUAAUAGGCUUUUCAGUAUUUUUCCCAACUUGUUAAAGAUAAAUUACCAACUUCUAUUCUUCCAAUGAAGUUACGGGAUAACAAAAAAUAAAAAAAAAAAAAAAAAAAACGAUAUCGUCAUGGGUCUAAAACUGUUAAUACUUUUACUGUUACUAGUGAUGCGUUCCAGUCUGUCGGAGAAAGCUGACAAUCAUGAUAAACUAGCCAAUGGGAUAAAGAAGAAUCAUCGAUUUGUGCAAAAUAAUUUUUCAGAGAAUUUUCAAGAUUUAGAGCCAAAAGCAAUUCAAGAAGAUGACAGACAUGGAUAUUUAAAUAUUUCCACAAUAAUGACACCUCUCAAUCAUCAAUACCGACAAUCACUUUGGAUGAAACGCAAGGCGUCAAUCUUGAAUAAGGCGGAAAAAUCCGACCGGAAGAGUAAGAAAUUGCGCACCGUUAGUGCCAAUGAACUUGAGGCAAAAGAAGAAGAUGAUGAUGAUGAAGAAGAAGAAGAAGAAGAAAAAAAAGAAGAAUACCAAGAAGAAAUUACUGUCAUGAAUGAACGAAAGAAAAAUACAUUGUCUUUUGUUUCAACAAAUUCAGAUCAAAAAAAUCAUUGGAAGGUCAAAUCACUUCACUUUAAAACAAGAGCAAAGAGGCAAGCACAAGAAUUAUGGAUACAAAGAGAAUUUCAUGGUUACGAUGACAUUCUCAAUUUGCAUGCAUUCAUUAUUCGCGAUGAAGAGAUACCACAGUGUGGAAAUUCUGCCAAUAAAAUCACAAAUACACGUUACUUCAUGUGCAGCGGAGUUAUUUUAACGAAAAAAUUUAUAUUAACAACAGCAUCCUGUAUUCAAUAUGCGGAUAUUUUUGAACAUCACAUUGAAGCGAAUCUAUCAGUUUUAAUUGGAGCCGUGUCCAACCAGGCUUAUGUUAUUAAAGUAAAAAAAUAUGAGAUGCAUCCGGAAUAUAAAAAUAUUGCCGAAUCAAUGGAUUAUGCUCUUCGUAAUCUUGCCAUUAUUACAAUUGCAUGCGAUAUACCAACGGAAGUUCUCAGCAUUCCAACAUUUCCGGCUAGAUAUGAAGAUGUCUCUCAUAUGUGUUGUUCAGAUACUUGUAAAAUACUGACAAUCAUACAAACACCAACUAAUAGACACAAGAUCCAGCUUAUGGAUGCCAAGUACAUUCCACGAGCAGUGCAUGACGAUAUUGUGGAAAUAAAUAAUUCGGAGAGAAGAAAAAAGGGAAUUUCAAUUGUGAAAAAAGUUAAAAGAGAAAAUAAAAUUGCACCACCUCCAAUUUUUCUUAAUAAUGAAUCAUCAAAAAAUACCGAAAUUGUCGAUAAAAAAAAUAGUGAUAAUAAAACAAUUAGACAACUAACAAAUUUAACAGAAAAUGGACUAAUGGAAAAAAUUACAGAAGAAUUAAUGCGAGGAUUAUUUAGAGAAAAAUUUAGUCAUAAUUCAAAUAAACUCACAAUGAAUAAUACUGAAGAGAUAAUGAGAGGAUUUUUUAGAGGAAAUUUUGAUAUUGAUACAAAUAAUAAUAAUAAUAAAAAUAAUGGUCUAUCUGAAGAGCAAACGAAAGCAAUUUCGAAAUUUAUUAAAGUAAUUACUGAAAAAGCCAUGUCACGAGUAUUGUCAGUUAUAGACGAGGCAAAAAAGAAUAAAACUUUUCCAAAUUCAAAGGAAGAAGGAGAAAUUGGUGAAAAUUUUGUGGACAAUAUUGCGCAGAUAGUUAAGGAUAAUGUUUUACGAGAAAUUGAUGGCUCACUAAGUCCAAGAAAUUUAUUUAAUAAUACACUCUCAGAGCCAAGUUCAAAAUAUAUUCAUUGUCCACCACUUGGAACACCAAUAAUUAUAAACAAAACUUUGAUUGGAUUAGUUGCCUAUACAUGUGAUGAUCUUCAAAGUUGGGUACCAUGGCAAUAUGUAAAUAUUGAAAAAAAUUUAAAUUGGAUUAAAAACACAAUAAAAGGGCAUAAAAAUGAUUUUACAAAAUUGCAAUCAACAUUCGAUGACGAUAAUGAUAAUGUUCAAAUUUUACAAGAAUCAGAAAAAAAUGAUGAUGAGAAAAUUAAUAAAUAUUCCGAUGAAGAGGAAAAUGGAUCGACAUAUAUGUCAGACAAUGUUGAUGAAAGAUUUAAAAAAGAUCAACAGGCAAAUUUAAAAUUAACAGAUAAAAAACGACGACAUUAUCAAAAUAUUAUUAAACCAAUUUUAACUAAUUUUUAAAAAAAUAAGAAUUCUACUUCAUUUUUAUUUAAUAAUAAUAAUAGUAAUAAUAAUGAUAAAAAGUCAGAUAGAAAAAAAUUAUUAAACAAAAGAAAUUACAAUGAGAGUCCUCGAGUUUUGGUAAAUAAGUGUUCUUCACCAAAAGAUGGUGAGUUAAAUUGUCAAUCAAAUGUUAUUUUGGAUAGAAAUUAAGUGAAAGAAAAUUAAACAUAAUAGAUUUUAAUUGUUACAAUACAGACCGUAAUGGUAACCAUAUAGAUUAGAAAUUUUACAAUACAGAUUGUAAUGAUCACAAUACAAAUUGAAAGUUGUACAAUUCAGACUGUGAUGGUUACAAUACAGAUUGAAACUUUUACAAUACACUCCAUAAUGGUUACCAUAUAGAUUGAAAAUUUUACGAUACAGAUUGUAAUGAUCACAAUACUGAUUGUAAUGUUUAUAAUGCAGAUAAAAAAUUUUAAAUACAAAUUGUAAUUUUAUAAUGCAGAUUGUAAACAUACAGUUACAAUAUAGAUUAUAUGUAUGUCAAAACACAACACUGAAAAAAUUAUAUUCUAUAGAUUAAAGGAUUUUUUUCUUAAAUAGGCGCCAAAAAAUAUUCCCCCACUUAAAUUAAGUGGGAAAUAUUCUUACAAUAAGUAAUAUAUUCUUGGUGCCAAUUUAAGAAGAAAUUCUUAAAUCAAGAAUAUAAUUUUUUCAGUGAAGGCAAACUUUACAAUAAAAAUUAUAUUAAAAGUUACUAUGCCUUUUGCGCAAAUAUUACAAUAUAUAUUGUAAAUCAUACAA